CACUUCCGGUCGGUGCUGAUGUGAGUAAAGUGAAAGAUGCAGGUGGAGGAUGGAGAGGUGGAGGGGGAUGGAGAGGUGGAGGGGGAUGGAGAGGUGGCGCACACAGUGUUUGUGUUUAAUCUGAGCAGCUGUGUGAGGGAGGAGAUCUUAUAUGAGCUCUUCCUGCAGGCAGGACCAGUGCAGAAAGUCUUUAUUCCCAAAGAUGGAGAUGGAAAUCAGAAGUCUUAUGGCUUUGUUGACUAUAAACACGCUGAGGCGGUUCCCUACGCCAUCGCACUAUUGGAUGGGAUCUGGCUGUACGGCUGUCCGAUCGCUCUGAGGCAUCAUUAUGCUCACAUACUCACAGCUCAGGAGGAUCACAGCUGGGGAGAUGGGCUGUCAGGUUUGACUCUCGGCCCCUUCUCCCCAACUGUGUGCCCAACUCAGGGCCCCUACUUCCCUCCUGUAAUGCCAUGGGCGUGGCCAAACGUUGGAUUUGUUUCCUGGACUUCCCGUUCAGAUGAGCUGACCCAGGCGUCAGACCGUACCAACUCAGCAGUGAGGGGAGGAGCAGUGAGGGGAGGAGCAGUGAGGGGAGGAGCAGUGAGGGGAGGAGCAGUGAGGGGAGGAGACCGAUACAUGGGGCUGCAGAAUCCUGCUGAAGGCAGAAGAAGCCAUGAGAGAAGAAACAGACAGAAGAAAAAAUACAGAAGUUAAUUUUAAUUUAAGUUUAAACACAGCUGCCACUCUUUAGGUCUAUUAGGCCUCUGUGUGAGAGUGUGUGUGUGUGUGUGUGUGUGUGUGUGUGUGUGUGUGUGUGUGUGUGUGUGUGUGUGUGUGUGUGUGUGUGUGUGUGUGAGAGAGAGUGUUUAUCAUCAUGAGGUGUAGGUGGUGUUAUAUUUUGACUUUAUCAGGAUCGUCACAAAGUCUUUAUGAAUAGAACGAUGAUGAUGAUGAUGAUGAUGAUGGUGGUUAGAGGAACAGCCCUGUCUCUGGUUCAGUGCAGUAAAUGAACACACAUCCUUCUUAUCUGUUGAGAUGAAGAGCCCUCAGAAGUCAGCCCUCAGAAGUCAGCUGAUUCUCCUAAUGUGACAGACCGGAGUCUAAAAUGUAAAAUGAAAAGAAUGUAAAAAUAAAUAUUGUGUAUUUACAGAUUCCUUAUUUACA